CUCAUCGUGGCCGCCGGCUGCUUCAUCCCCCUGCGCUCCGUCCGCCGCCUGACCCUCCACCGCGGCGGUUCCACCGUCACCAUUUCCACUCACGGCCCCAUGGGUUUGGGUCGGGGCCGUUCCUUCACCGUCCCCCUCCGUCACCUCUCGUGCCGCUCCCACCGCUCCGACGUCCGCGCCUCCAUCCCCCUCAAGGUGAAGGGCAGGGUUGCUUUCUUUCUCCUGGACGCUCGGGGGCAGCUCGACAACCCGCGCCUCUUCGACAUCACCGUCGGCGCUUAUCGCAAGCUGUAGGGGCGGGGGGGGGCGGCCGGGUGGGGUUGGCAGCCCCCAAGUGGUGGCACCCCCAAAUGUCACCUCUUGAGGCUCUGUUGCCUUGUAAGAAUGGUUACGGUCUGA